AUGUUUGACUGUUUUGCCUUCUUAAACCAUUUGGUACUUGGUCCGUUCUCAAAGGAGCUCAAUUCUUUCCCGAGUCUCCAAGGCAUUGAGAAGUUAAGGAACCACCUUCACAAGUUAUCUUUGGAAGGUUGGGAUGAUUUGGAGUCAAUGCCAGAAGAAAUACAACAGCUCACCUCACUGACUUGGUUACAAAUACGUAAAUUCGGAAUACAAGAGCUGCCUAUGUGGUUAACUAACAUGUCAUCUAUCCGACAUUUGAGGUUCAAUGGUUGCAAUGGGCUAAAUAAAGAAACGGUUAAACGGGGAGCACCGCGUGAAGCAAAUUCUGUCAGCUUAAAUGAUUCGAAGGUGUACAUUAAUAGAGAUGUUAAUUAG